UAUCGGUGUCGAAACACCUCUGACAGCGCUCACAGCUGCGCUCUUACGGUGGUACGACAUGGUCGAUCCGACCCUUGACGAUCAGCUUCCCACGCUCUGCACGCUCGGCGAGGACGCGCUGCUGCUCGUCCUCGAGAUGUGCGAUUCGGUCACGCUCUGCGCCCUUGCGCGCUCGACGUCGCUCUUCACCCGGCCGGCGCCGGGCGAGGGCCUCUCCCUGCCCGAGCGAGCGGCCUGGGAGACGAUGCGGCGGCACUUCGCGUCGGGAGCCGCGAGGCCGUACGAAAAGGGCGCAGCCGAGCAGCACCGGCAGGUGCUCUCUCUGCACGAGCGCGGGAUGCUCCGGCCCGGCGUGCUGCAUGACGUUCCGCUUCACGCGGUGGAGGGCGCGGGCUCCGGCUGGGAGGUGGCAUAUCAAGCCCCGUACCAGCACCGGACCUCCGACGCCGAUCUUGACGAGGCGGUGCCGCGCGACGCGCGAUAUGUGCUGCUCGGUGCGUUGUCGAUGACCGGCGCGCGCUCGACGGACCGCUAUGAGCGCGGCCAGGCGGUGGGGGUGCCGCUUCCCGACCGCGAGACGCUCGAGGACGGCAGCGCACUCGCCUUCUCGCUGCUCGCGUGGGGCCGGCGAGACACGGUGCUCAAGGCGACGCACGGCGAGAAGGAGUUCGAGGGCGGCGCGACGAGGAGCGACAACCUCGAGGCCGGCGUGCACUUUUACCGCUGGCCGGCCCACGCCAUCGGCUUCAGCUCCGACCCGGACCUCUUCUUCUGGAACCUCGAGACACAGUCGACGGGCGGCUGGCGCGCGGGCCUCGCGUACGACCUCGGCGACUCGACGGAGUGGUACAAGUGCUGCUACUACCGGAUGCUACACCGGUGCUAGCUGCUUGUCGCGAAUUACUACUGUUUCGUCACUCUCGCCAUGCAAAGCGUGUUACCUUGUAAUAUUCGUUACCUUAAAA